AUUUUCAAUAUUCUUCUUCCACUAUUGCUAACAACAAAAUUGCAACCAUGAAAUGGGUGGCAUUAUUUGUUUUAACUUUCUUACUAAGUUUUACUGAAUCCAGAACACUGCAUAGAAAUGCAUAUGGAAUAGCUUCCAUUUUGGAUUCUUCCCAAUGUUCCAUGGAGGUGAACUUAGCUGAUGUAGCUACUAUAUUUUUUGCCCAGUUCAUUCAAGACGCCCCUUACAGGGAAAUAAGCAAAAUGGUGAAGGAUGUCCUGACGGUCAUUGAGAAACCCACCGGCAGCGGGCAGGCCGCAGGGUGCUCAGAAAACCAGAUCUCCAUCUUUCUGGAAGAAAUUUGCCAUGAGAAAGAAAUUUCUGAAAAGUAUGGACUUUCAGACUGCUGCAGCCAAGGUGAUGAGGAAAGACUUAACUGUUUACUCGCACACAAAAAGCCCACUCCAGUGUCCACUGCACCCUUCCAAGUCCCAGAGGCCAUCAUGAGCUGUAAAGCAUAUGAAGAAGACAGAGCAACAUUCACGAACAGGUACAUCUAUGAGAUCGCAAGGAGGAACCCCUUCCUGUAUGCACCCGUGGUGCUCUCGUUCGCUGCUCGCUAUGACAAAAUAAUCCCCCCUUGCUGCAAAGCUGCAAAUGCCAUCGACUGCUUCCAGACGAAGGCAGCACCAAUUACGAAAGAAUUAAGAGAAAGCAGCUUGAUAAAUCAACAUACAUGUGCAGUAAUGAAAACUUUUGGACCCCGAACCUUCCAAGCCAUAAUUGUUACUAAACUGAGCCAAAAGUUCACUAGAGUUAAUUUUACUGAAAUCCAGAAACUGGUCCUGGACGUGGCCCACAUUCAUGAGCAGUGCUGCAGAGGGGACGUGCUGGAGUGUCUGCAGGAUGGGGAAAAAAUUAUGUCCUACAUAUGUUCUCAACAAGAUAUUCUGUCAAGCAAGAUAGCAGAAUGCUGCAAAAUGCCCAUCCUUGAAUUUGGUCAAUGUAUAAUUCAUGCAGAAAACGAUGACAGACCCGAAGGUCUAUCUCUAAAUCUUAACAGAUUUUUGGGAGAUAGAGAUUUCAGCCAAUUUUCUUCAGUAGAAAAAAAUAUCUUCUUGGCAAGUUUUGUUCACGAAUAUUCAAGAAGACAUCCUGACCUUGCUGUCCCUGUAAUUCUAAGAGUGGCUAAAGGAUACCAGGAAUUAUUGGAGAAGUGUUUCCAGUCUGAAAAUCCUCUUGAAUGUCAGGAUAAAGGGGAAGAAGAAUUACAGAAAUAUAUCCAGGAGAGCCAGGCAUUGGCAAAACGAAGCUGUGGCCUCUUCCAGAAAUUAGGAGAAUAUUACUUACAAAAUGCGUUUCUUGUUGCUUACACGAAGAAAGCCCCUCAGCUGACCUCUGCAGAGCUAAUGGCCUUCACCAGAAAAAUGGCAACAGCGGGAGCCACUUGCUGCCAACUCAGUGAGGAUAAGCAACUGGCCUGUGGCGAGGGAGCGGCCGACCUCAUCCUCGGACAGCUGUGCAUCCGGCAUGAUGCGGCCCCGGUGAACCCCGGCGUGGCCCAGUGCUGCGCCGCCUCCUACGCCAACCGUAGGCCCUGCUUCAGCAGUCUGGUGCUGGACGACACGUACGCGCCGCCAGCGUUCUCCGAGGACAAGUUCAUCUUCCACAAGGACCUGUGCCAGGCGCAGGGCGUCGCGCUGCAGACGACCAAGCAGGAGUUUCUCAUUAACCUUGUGAAGCAAAAGCCACAGAUCACGGAGGAGCAGCUGGAGGCCGUGAUCGCCGACUUCUCGGGCCUGCUGGACAGGUGCUGCCAAGGCCGGGAGCAGGAAGAGUGCUUUGCCCAAGAGGGUCCAAAACUAAUUUCAAAAACUCGAGCUGCUUUGGGAGUUUAAAUUACUUCAGGGGGAAGAGAAGACAAAAGGAAUCUUUAUGGUUUGCUGUGAACUUUUCCCUUUAAUCAUAACUGAUUUAAUACUUUUUGUGAAUGAAUGAAAUGAUGAGGACUUUCAUGUGAGAUUUUCUGUCAUAGAAAUAAAAUAUUCCCAAAUGUU